AUGUCUUUCAAGUUUCAUUUCUCUCUCUCUCUGUCAUUUUGUGUAUUUGCAUUUCAAUCUAAUCUUUCUCUUUCAAUACCAUCUCCACACUCUCCUUCUCUCUCUACACACCCAUCUCUCUCUCUCUCUCUAAUUCUCUCUCUCUCUCUCUCUCUAUACAUUCCUUUCUUUCUCUGUCUCUCUGGAUACAUUCCAUUCUUUCUUUCUCUCUCUCUCUCUCUCUCUCUCUCUCUCUCUGGAUACAUUCCAUUCUUUUUCUUUCUUUCUUUCUCUCUCUCUCUCUCUCUCUCUCUGGAUACAUUCCAUUCUUUCUUUCUCUCUCUCUCUCUCUCUCUCUGGAUACAUUCCAUUCUUUCUUUCUCUCUCUGGAUACUCUCUCUCUCUCUCUCUCUCUCUCUGGAUACAUUCCAUUCUCUCUCUCUCUCUCUCUGGAUACAUUCCAUUCUUUCUCUCUCUCUCUCUCUCUGGAUACAUUCCAUUCUUUUCUCUCUCUCUCUCUCUGGAUACAUUCAUUCUUUUCUCUCUCUCUCUCUGGAUACAUUCCAUUCUUUCUCUCUCUCUCUGGAUACAUUCCAUUCUUUUCUCUCUCUCUCUCUCUCUCUCUGGAUACAUUCUUUCUUUUCUCUCUCUCUCUCUCUCUGGAUACAUUCCUUUCUUUCUCUCUCUCUCUCUCUCUGGAUACAUUCCUUUCUUUUUCUCUCUCUCUCUCUGGAUACAUUCCUUUUUUCUCUCUCUCUCUCUCUCUCUCUCUCUGGAUACAUUCCUUUCUUUCUCUCUCUCUCUCUCUCUCUGGAUACAUUCCUUUCUUUCUCUCUCUCUGGAUACAUUCCUUUCUUUCUCUCUCUCUCUCUCUCUCUGGAUACACUCAUGUCCUUUCUUUCUCUCUCUCUCUCUCUGGAUACACUCAUGUCUUUCUCUCUGGAUACACUUCUUCUAUUCUGGCUCUCUCUCUCUCUGGAUACAUUCCAUUCUUUCUCUCUCUCUCUCUGGAUACAUUCCUUUCUUUCUCUCUCUCUCUCUCUGGAUACAUCCCUUUCUUUUUCUCUCUCUCUCUCUCUCAUUCUUUCUCUCUCUCUCUCUCUCUCUCUCUGGAUACAUUCCUUUCUUUCUCUCUCUCUCUCUCUCUCUCUCUGGAUACACUCAUUCCUUUCUUUCUCUCUCUCUCUCUCUCUCUCUGGAUACACUCUUGUCUUUCUCUCUCUCUCUCUCUGGAUACAUUCCUUUCUUUCUCUCUCUCUCUCUCUCUCUCUGGAUACACUUCUUCUAUUCUGGCUCUCUCUCUCUCUCGAGAUACACUCAUUACUCUCUCUUGAUGCAUACCUCUCUCUCUCUCCCCGAUUUGACUCUAUCUUUCUUGAUAUUAUAUUAAACCUUAAUGAUAAAGAUUUAAAACUAAAAUUAUCUCAAACGUUGUCUCUUCUCUCUCACCCCCUCUCACCCCCUCUCACCCCCCCUAUGGGUUGUCUCGUCUCUCACCCCCCUCUACUUGGGGUCGUCUCUUUCCCCCUUCUCUACUUGGGUCGUCUCUCACCCCCCUUCUCUACUUGGGUCGUCCUCGUCUCUUUCCCCCCUUUUCUACUUGGGUCGUCUCGUCUCUUUCCCCCUUUUCUCUUGGGUCGUCUAGUCUCUUUCCCCCUUCUCUCUUUCCCCCUUCUCUACUUGAGGUCGUCUCGUCUCUUUCCCCCCCUUCUCUACUUGGGUCAUCUCGUCUCUUUCCCCCCUUCUCUCGCAGGUCAUCUCGUCUCUCCCCCCCCUUCUCUACUUGGUCAUCUCGUCUCUCUCUCCCCCCCUUCUCUACUUGUCAUCUCGUCUCUUUCCCCUCUUCUCUCCAGGUCAUCCUCUCUUUCCCCUUCUCUCUGGGUCAUCUCGUCUCUCUCCCCCUUCGACCGGUUCUCUCUCUCUCUUUCCCCCCUUCUCUGGGUUGACUCGUCUCUCUCUCUCCCCCACCUCCAAUCGCAGGUCGACUCGUCUCUCUCUCUCCCCACCUCCACUCCAGGUCGCCUCUCUCUCGCUCUGUCUCUCUCCACGCCCUCCUCUCCCUGCGCCUCCACUCGCAGGUCGACUCGUCUCUCUCGCUCUCUCCUCGCCUCCACUCGCAGGUCGACUCGUCUCUCUCGCUCUCUCCUCCGCCUCCACUCGCAGGUCGACUCGUCUCUCUCCCCACCUCCACUCGCAGGUCGACUCGUCUCUCUCCCCCCACCAUUCCACAGAUAUUGUCUUUCCCCUUGCAUCUUUCUUUUAUUCUUUCUUUCUUUCUUUCUUUUUUUUUUCUUUCUUUUUUUUCUUUCUUUUUUCUUUGUUUUUUUUUUUCUUUCUUUUUUCUUUUUUUUUUUUUUUUUUCUUUUUUUUUUUCUUUUUUUUUUCUUUCUUUUUUCUUUUUUUUUCUUUCUUUCUUUUUCUUUCUUUCUUUCUUUCUUUUCUUUUUUUUCUUUCUUUUCUUUCUUUUCUUUCUUUCUUUUCUUUCUUUCUUCUUUUCUUUUUUCUUCUUUUUUUUCUUUUUCUUUCUUUCUUUCUUUUUCUUUCUUUUUUUUUUUCUUUUCUUUCUUUUCUUUUUUUCUUUCUUUCUUUUCUUUCUUUCUUUUCUUUCUUUUUCUUUUUUUUUCUUUCUUUUUCUUUUUUUUCUUUUUUUUCUUUUCUUUUCUUUCUUUCUUUCUUUUCUUUCAGUUUGGCUUUUCUGUUCUGGAUAUACACAAUCGUCUCAAAAUCCCUUCUUCACCUGGGAUUUGUUUUCUUCACUUCUUUCCCACCCUCUUCCUCUUGUUCCGUGCUCAUUUUCUCGCUAUUUUUCUCUCACUCUCUCGUAUCUCCUCUGUCUCUCUCUCUCACUCUCUCUUGUAUCCUCUCUCUCACUCUCUCUUGUAUCCUCUCUCUCACUCUCUCUUGUAUCCGCUGUCUCACUCUCUCUUGUAUCCGCUGUCUCACUCUCUCUUGUAUCCGCUGUCUCACUCUCUCUUGUAUCCGCUGUCUCACUCUCUCUUGUAUCCUCUCUCUCACUCUCUCUUGUAUCCGCUGUCUCACUCUCUUGUAUCCGCUGUCUCACUCUCUCUUGUAUCCGCUGUCUCACUCUCAUGCUCACUCUCUCUUUUAUCCGCUGUCUCUCUCUCUCUCAUGCUCACUCUCUCUUUUAUCCGCUGUCUCUCUCUCUCUCAUGCUCACUCUCUCUUUUAUCCGCUGUCUCUCUCUCUCAUGCUCACUCUCUCUUUUAUCCGCUGUCUCUCUCUCUCAUGCUCACUCUCUCUUUUUAUCCGCUGUCUCUCUCUCUCUCUCUCUCAUGCUCCUCUCUCUUUUAUCCGCUGUCUCUCUCUCUCUCUCUCUCAUGCUCUCUCUCUCUCAUUUUAUCUCUUUAUCUCUCUCUCUCUCAUGCUCACUCUCUCUUCUAUCUUCGGAUUCCUUCGUCCAGACCAACUCUGUCAACUUUUCUUUUUCUUUCGAUCUUUCCCACCCCAAUCUUUACUCCCAACUUCUGCUUUCUUCUCGUCUUCCAUUAUCCUGAUUUAUUUGCACCCUUUUCUGCUCUCUCUGUCUGACACCUACACUUUUUCUUUUUUUUGCUCUCUUUUCUGCUAUACCCCUGAUGCAUUUUCUUUUCUUUCUUUUUCACUCUCUUUCCCCACUCUGCCCCCAUCAUUAUAUUUUGUCCUACUCCCCAGCACUGUCCCCCUCUCAUUCGCGGUCUACUCCCGCCCACUAUCAUGGCUCAAUUGUUGCAACCACCGAUACCACAGCUAA